AUGAACAAGGCCGGGAUCUGGGGACUGCUGUGGAUGGCCUGCAUCUUAGAAAUCCAAGGUGCGCCUAAGUCAGAGGAGGAAGAGUUUACCCUAACGGAGGGGCAGACCCUGGAGGUGACGUGUCCCUUCAAUGUCAUGAAGUACAAGAACAGCCGGAAGGCGUGGCAGAGAGUGAGUGAUGGAGGGGAGCUUCUGACACUGGCAAUGACAGAGGGUGGCUCAGAGAUGACCAAAGUAGACCAGACAGGAAAGUACCACCUGGAGGAAAUCCCCCUUGACGGCGUACUGAAAGUCCGAGUGACUGACCUGCAAGUGGAGGACUCAGGAUUAUAUCAGUGUGUGAUCUUCCAGCCUCCCAAAGACCCCUUCAUAUUGUACUAUCCUAUCCGCCUGGUGGUGACAAAGGAUCCUCCCUCAGACAUUAAUUCUACCCAGAGAGUGUCUCAGAUUUCCACCCUUCCUCCUACUACCACCAAGGCCCAGGGCAAGCUUCGUACCAGCCCCAGGACUGUGACUCAACUUCUACCCAUGUCAACUGCCAGUCUCUCCUCUCCUGGCAUCGGAGUCAACCCCACGCCUGGGACGAAUGUCAGCAGCAUCAUUAAAUCUUCUCUCUCCCCCAGGAUUUCUCUGAUCACCAUCAUCACUAUCGUGGUGUGUGGAAUCCUCAGUAAGAGCCUGGUCUUCACUGUCCUGUUGGUUGUCACACAGAGGUCAUUUGGACCCUAGACUCAUGAACCCACAAGAAUGCCUUGUGACUUCCAUCCCGGUCCAUCUGGCAGUUGUGCCAGAAGAAGAGUGUGAAAG